GGCUGGGCAGGGCUGCGGAGGGUGAGGCUGAGGCUACUGCAGAGACAGCAGGAGACAUGGCGGGGCCUGAGAAGGAGCAGAGCUGGGUCCCGCGAAUCUUCAAGAGGAAAACUUGUACGACUUUUGUGGUUGAUCUCAGUGAUCCCGGGGGCAACCGAUGCCAGUGUGGUCGCCGCCGGGAGUUUCACCCUUCUGUGGCCGUGGAAGAUGCCUUCGGAGCUGCUGUGGUCACAGUGUGGGACGGGGAUCACCACACCACAGAACGACCCACUGAUGCCUAUGGAGACGUGGACUUCCAUGGUGCUGGGCGAGGUUUCAGCAAGUUCAUUCGUCUGUCUGACCGCACAGACCCAGCAGCAGCCUACGCCCUGGUCACUCGCACCUGGGGCUUCCCACCCCCCAACCUUGUGGUGUCUGUGCUGGGGGGCUCCGGAGGCCCCAUGUUGCAGCCUUGGAUCAGGGACCUGCUGCGUGGGGGGCUGAUGAGGGCUGCCCACAGCACCGGGGCCUGGAUUGUGACUGAGGGGCUCCACACUGGCAUCGGUCGGCACGUCGGGGUGGCCGUGCAGGACCACAACACGGCGGGUACAGGUUCCGCUAAGGUCGUCGCCAUGGGCGUAGCCCCCUGGGGUGUAGUAAGGAGGAGGGAGGCCCUCAUCAGCCCCAAGGGCCUGUUCCCUGCUCAAUACAAUUGGCGAGGAAAUCUUGAGGAUGAUGCCCAGUACUCCCUGGAUUAUAACUACUCCGCUUUCUUUCUGGUGGAUGAUGGGACUUAUGGACGCUUCGGGGGUGAGACCCGUUUCCGGGCCAAGCUGGAGUCCUACAUCUCCCGGCAAAAGACCGGGGUUGGAGGCACAGGAAUCGACAUCCCUGUUCUUCUUCUCCUCAUUGAUGGAAACGAAAACAUGUUACAGCGUGUGGAAGAUGCCACCAAAGCUCAGCUGCCCUGCCUGCUAGUGGCAGGUUCUGGGGGCGCUGCUGACUGUCUUGCUGAGACGUUGGAGGAAGCGCAGGCUGUGAGGGAGUCCUCCCCCUCCUUUGGAACCCCAAGUGCAAGCAUCAGUGAACGGAUCCGGAGCUUCUUUCCCAACGGUGACCUUGAGGCCAUUGGGGCUCAGAUAGAGAGGAUCAUGACUCGUCGGGAGAUGCUGACGGUGUAUUCUUUUGAUGAUGGUCCUGAGGAGCUUGAGACUGUGGUGCUGAGGGCUCUGGUGAAGGCCUGCGGCAGCUCAGAUGCGUCUGCGUACAUGGAUGAAUUACGUCUGGCCGUGGCCUGGAACCGUGUAGACAUUGCACAGAGCGAGAUAUUCCGAGGGAACAUCCAGUGGCGGUCUUCGCACCUCGAGGUCUCCCUCCAGGAUGCUCUCGUGAACGACCAGCCAGAGUUUGUGCGUCUCCUCAUCUCCCGGGGUCUCAGUCUUGGUCACUUCCUGUCCCCGGCCCGGCUAGCCCAUCUCUAUACAACUGCCCCCUCAGGCUCGCUGGCCCGACACCUGCUGGACCGUGUAGCCCCUGGUCCUGGGGCUGAUGGAGGCCGCAAGGAGAACGCUGCCGCUGGUGUCCUCCCAGCCUCCCCUCUCCGAGAAGUGCACCUGCGGGAUGUGGGGCGUCUUCUUCGCGACCUGCUCGGGGCCGCCUGUGCCCCUCAGUACCGCAAGAGCACUGCGGAGGACAAAUUGGAGCCAGAUCCCGCCGGGGGCCGUCGAGAGAGUAUGUGCCUCCUGAUGGAUUCUACAUGGGACACCACCCUCGGGCAGGCCCCCUGGAUUGACCUGCUGCUCUGGGCCCUGCUUCUGAAUCGGGCUCAGAUGGCUGUGUACUUCUGGGAGAUGGGGAGUAACUCAGUGGCCUGUGCCCUGGGUUCCUGCCUCCUGCUUCGAGUCUUGGCCCGCCUGGAACAUGAGGCUGAGGAGGCUGCCAGGAGAAAGGAGCUAGCCGCCAAAUUUGAGGGGCUUGCCAUGAGUCUGUUCACACAAUGUCACCAUAACAGUGAGUCCCGAGCCACUCGCCUGCUCCUACACCGGUCCCCACUCUGGGGGGGUGCUACCUGCCUCCAACUGGCAACGCAAGGUGAUGCCAGGGCCUUCUUUGCCCAGGAUGGGGUGCAGUCCCUGCUGACUGACAAGUGGUGGGGAGAGAUGGACAGCAGCACACCCGUUUGGGCCCUGGUCCUCACCUUCUUCUGCCCCCCGUUCAUCUACACCAACCUGAUCACUUUUAGACCCAUUGAUGAGGAGCUGCUGAAGAGAGAGCAGUGGGGGCCGAAUGUGGAUGGCGUCAAUGGCGAUGGCCCCUCAGGGCAGGCCGACAUCCCGGAGAAGCCGGGGACCAGGAUGUCAUUCCAGGCGCAGGAGCGCAGCUGGUGCCCAGGCCAGCGGCAGUGGGCCCAGUACCUCCGUCGCUGGUCCCGGUUCUGGGGGGCUCCGGUGACAAUCUUCCUGGGCAACGUGGUCAGUUACCUCCUGUUCCUUCUGCUCUUUGCCCGGGUUCUCCUGCUGGACAUCCAACCCAAAUCACCCACAUCACCCACUGCCCUUGAGUAUCUGCUCUACCUCUGGGUCUUCACCUUGUUGUGUGAGGAAAUUCGACAGGGUCUGUCGGGGGGCUGGGGAAACCUUGGGGUUAGCACACCCCAAGAGCCUGGGAAGCUGCCUCUGAGUCGGAGGCUGGGCCUUUACCUCGCUGACACCUGGAACCAGUGUGACCUCGUUGCCCUCGGCCUCUUCCUGCUGGGUAUCAGCUGCAGGCUAACGGUAGAGCUGUACCAACUGGGCCGGGCGGUGCUCUGCCUGGACUUCAUGGUCUUCACCCUCCGCCUGCUGCACAUCUUCACGGUCAAUAAGCAGCUCGGACCCAAGAUCGUGAUUGUGCACAAGAUGAUGAAGGAUGUCUUCUUCUUCCUCUUCUUUCUGGGGGUGUGGCUCGUGGCCUAUGGGGUGGCCACCGAGGGGCUGCUCCGGCCCCAGGACCGUGACCUGCCGGCUAUCCUGAGACGGGUUUUUUACCGGCCCUACCUGCAGAUCUUUGGCCAGGUCUCCCAGGGAGACAUGGAUGUGACCCUGAUGCAGCUGGAGAACUGUUCCACGGAGCUCGGCACGUGGGCCCAGCCUCCAGGGUCCCCCUCGGGCUCCUGUGUCUCCAUUUAUGCCAACUGGCUGGUGUUGCUGCUUCUGGUCAUCUUCCUGCUGGUGGCCAAUGUGCUUCUGCUCAACCUUCUCAUCGCCAUGUUCAGUUACACCUUUGGAAAGGUGCAGGGAAACAGUGACCAGUAUUGGAAGUUUCAGCGCUACGGGCUGAUCCGAGAGUUCCACAACCGCCCAGCACUGGCCCCACCCCUCAUCAUCAUCUCCCACAUCCUCCUCCUGAUGAGGCAUCCCUGGCGCAGUCUCGGAGGGCGGAUCCCCCCCUCAGCAGAGGACUUCAGGCUGCACCUGUCCAACAAGACAGAGCAGAUGUUGCUAACGUGGGAGUCGGUGCAGAAGGAGAACUUCCUCCUCAGGCAAGCCCGGGACAAGAGGGAGAGUGAUUCGGAGAGGCUCCGGAGAACAUCCCAGAAGGUAGACACAGCCCUGAAGCAUCUGGGUCAAAUUCGGAUUUAUGAGCAGCGUCUGGCGGGGCUGGAGCAGGAGGUCCGUCACUGCAGCCAACUCCUUAGCAGGGUGGUUGAGGUGCUGAGUCACUCGGAGCUGAUCUCACCAGGGAAGACACCCCCGCUCAACCCCUGAAAGAAUGAGCCCUUGAGGCUGGACACCAAAGGACUCCCAUCCCCCCUUGAAAUACUGGACUCAGGGAUAUCCUUCUGUCCCCCCAGUCCAACCUAUCAGGGACAAUCUCCAUCUUCAGGCCUCCUGUCUAAAAGGACUCUUCCCAUUCCUAGGGGCCUCCCCGGGUGUGAUCUUUCACUCCCUUGGACCCUCCUUACAGGGCCCAUUCCAAUCCCCAGGAAGAUGGUCACAUUGACAAUAACCCCAUCACCAGGUGCCUCCCCCAUCCCCAGUGGUCGAUUUAAAGUGACCCCUGCCCCAGGCAACAAGAUCCAAGCCCAAGGUUCAAGUCUAAAGAUGACAAAGAGGCCUUCAGGCCACCCUGGACUGUGGGGAUCACCUCAGGGAACUAGGGCCUGGGACAGAGCCAGGGAUUCUGUCUCUCCCCCCAGUGUCUAAAAUCUGCAAAGGCUGUAAAUAAAGACCAAUUUGUAAGAUG